AUGGUAAAUACAAAAUAUUUAACAAAACGAGGUGGAAUUAUAUUUAAAUGCCCUCGUGCAGUACGAAAUAAAGAUAUACUUUGGUGGCAGGGCAUUUAUAUCGUUUAUAUUUCAAAAUGA